AUGGCCAAGCAAUCUUCCAAGCAAACCACCACUUUUAAUUCAGAGAACUCCAGCAGCAAGACGUCCGGCGGGCAGAGCGCCGCCUCGAGCACGGUGCCAGUGGACCGCUCUUGGCAGUACCGGCCGCUCGGUCGGGGCCAGGCAGUGACGGGCGGGAGCGGCAGCUACUGCGUCGGCCGGUGGCUCACUGAGCCGUCGUGGCAGGAGCCGUUCAACACCAUCGCCGAGGUGCCGGCGGCCGGAUCCGAGGCGGGGCAGGGUGUCGGAGGUCAGGGGUCGGGCGCGUCGGCGACGUGCGCCACGUCUCGUACGCAAAAGCAGCAGCAGCAGCAGCACUGA